AUGGUGAAUUCAGAAACUGCUCCUUUACUCUUUAGAAUGAAGAAAAAUGUGGAGACUUCCUCAACAAUGACCACAAAAGAGGCAGCAGCACUACAAAAUACGAUAACAAAGAUCAAGGACGACGACGACGACGGCAAGAAAUCGUUUUCGUUUUCAAGUUCACCAAUGCUCAGUCAUCGUGGCUUGAGUGAAAAAAUUUCAAUAAGAGCAAGGGCAUUAUCGAGAACUCUCAAGUGGAAAGAGACCACUUACAAAAAUAUCGGAAAUAGGAAUAAAUUCCGUAACAAAAAUAGCAACAAUGUCUUAUGGAUGACAUUAAUCUUCCUUGCUAUGUUGUCAGCGAUUGCAUAUUUUUACCUUUCGGGAUCUUCUCCGAUCGAGACACCUGCAAUUAUGAAUUCAACCACUAAUAACCAAACUCUAGAUAAUGGAGGCAAAGGUGAUCAUCACUAUCUUGGUGACAAUUUAUUAUUAUCACAGCAAGAACAAGCAAAUAAAUUGAAGCAAUUAGUCGGUCUUUAUAAUUUCUAUAAGAAUGAAAAAGAUCAUGCGGUCAAUGCUGAGGUUGUAAAGGAGUUGACCUCACCUACAUGUGGAGAGCCUCAUUUUACGUACAUGCAACCAUUUCAACAUCUCGUCUCGAGUCAUGAAACUCCAAGAAAUUUAGGGUGUCGUCCAUUUUCGAGCGUUGUCGGAAACUUAACACUCGAAUUCAAAUCAGGGUUACGACGCAUCAAGGCAAUCGCUUAUGCUCAUAUGGACCCAGACUUGACCAGUGCACCCAAAGAAAUCGAAAUUUACACCAUAACAAAGAACCCCGACAAUGAACAACGUCACCACCAUGACUACACCAAGUUCAACAACUUACUUUCAAUCAUCAAGCGAUUCGUAACUAGAACAAAAUAUUCUGCGCCAUUUCAUGAUUUUCAAUUCAUCGCCAACUUUACACACACUAUUGACCAAAUGCCCCUACAAAUCUUCGAGAUUCCGAGCACUGCGCAGCCGUCGACUGGAAUACGGUAUCUUUUAUUCAGUAUCAAGUCUAACUGGGGGAACGAAAUUACUUGUUUGUCAAGAUUUCGUGUCUAUGGCGAAUUAAUUGGUGGUGGUGGAAUUGACGGUGAUUGA